AUGGAUGGCCCCUUGGCCGAUCUAUCUGUAGAUAGUGUUUUGAGACAAUACGCAGACGACAUUGCGCAAAGUGUUUUUCAAGCAUGUCUCAACAAUGAGGAUCCGGUGAAAAGUAUGCCUCGGGUUCGUCGCAUCAGCAUCGACAGUGAAUCAUUGAGACAAGAUUUGAAAAAUCUCCAGUCAAGUCUAAAACGACAGCGCACAGAAAUCGAGACAUUGACGCAAAACGCGCGCGGACUGAGGGCUACGUCUAGCGCCUAUCAUCUCAGCAGUGAGCCCAGCUGGUACGGGAGCGACUACAAACCGGCGCUACGGCACAAAGCCAGUACUGCGUCGCUAAAGACAACAGCUAGUCAAGCUAAACGUCGACGAGAACUGUUCGGGUUUCGCCGAAAAGUCAGGAAUUGGUGGUACAAGCCCACAUCAACCACUUGA